AACAACUGUCCCGAAGCCAAGCGCCCCAACCGCAACACCACCUUGCCCAAUGCAAGUGCCAAACCUAGUAUAAGCAUAUCGCACCAUCCUAGUACUGCCCUAUCCUGCCAUCAUGAGCACUUGCGUUUGCACGGGUUUGCUGCUCCCCGGCGGGCCUUUUUCAGUGAGGCCACCUGAUUCCGCUGAAACGCAUGGCGGGUCAGCGUGGCGACGCUUGAAGCAGCGCGUCCGGCGGAUGGACAUUGCAGUGCCGGUGGAUCACAAGAAGCUGUGGUUUGAAAAGAUGGCAAGGUCAGGAAAGGCGCCAGAAGAGAUCAAGGACUCACUGGCUGCGCAGAUGGAUUCCUACAACCUCCUGACGCUUCUUUUAUUGGCCACCGUGAUUCCCACCGCAACCGGGGUUUGCCAAGAGAUGCGCUGGGAUGAUCAAGGGUGGCCCUUGAGCCGGACGCGCUUUGCAUACCUGGUCUUCAGCGCAUUUUUCAGCUUUAUGCUUUAUGCUCACUUCGGUUGGUCGCACAUUGCCAGUGUGAUGGUGGCGGACGUGAGCAACGCGAACCUGCGCGUGUACAUGGAGUCCAUUGGAAUUCCAGUCUUGACGGAGCUGGGGAUGCUCUUUGCCAUGAACUUCUUCUGCUUCUUCUUUUGGGUGAUUUUUACCAUGGUCGCCCUCAUCUCGGAGGAUGCACACUGGAUAGUGUGGCUCAUUGUCGGUUUCGGCGUGGGCUUUGCCAGUUGGCUGGCAGUUCACUUCAUCUCCAAGGUCAUGGCACGGUCCGGCUUUGAGCACCAUCUCACUGCUUGCCCGUUCUAUUUGAGACUUCAGGCCCAUGCGGGCCUUUUCUCGAACGAUCCUAUCCCUAUCGAUCCCAGCUUACCACGGAGAACGCUGCUGGAACUCUUGUCGCAGCGGGCUCUGCAGGAGCUAGAUGGCAAACAGGAGGAAGCCAAAGAUCAUGGCGAUGGAUCUGAGCACCGCGAGGAAGCCGAAGAUCAUGGUGAUGGAUCUGAGCACCGCGAAGAGGGCGCGGCCACAGCUCGCGAGGCGGACGACGUCUUGUUUCACGCGGUGUCAGUGUGAAGCAACGCUGACCCGCAUCGUGCUGGUGAAAAA